UGCAGAACAUGUGAUACGCAGCUGAUAGAGGUGAUAGAGUGUGAUGGAGGAGGUUGGUGCGGAUGGUGUGUCGAAGUUACCGUCGUUAUCAAGUAGUUAUGUCCCACUCUUGUGUCAAUAGCUAUAAAGGAUUAUUAAGUGGUUUCUUCUUCGUUGUUCGUGGUAAUUCUAGACAUGGAUUUUCUGGAUUUGGUAAUUUCUAUUCUACAGAUCGAAGGACUACAUUACCCCAAACAUCAGACUCUUCAGCGCAAAAACCAACUACGACAUCUUCACGAAAGCACAAAAGUGAUAGUGGACCUGUAAUUACUUUAAUAGGCACAGAUAACAGUCCUUCAGUUGUGUCACUUUCGGACGCCGAAAAAUUAGCAAAAAGACGUGAUUUAAAGCUCGUUAGGAUAGUUGACUUAGACACAAAAACACAGAGACCUAUUUAUCAGUUAAUGACAGGGCCCCAGUAUUAUUCAGAGGACAGAAAACAGCGAAAUGAAAAAUCUACCAAGAAAGAAAGUGGAAUUAAAGGAGACAAAUUACUAACGCUGUCCCACAGAAUUACUCCACAUGACCUCUCUUCAAAACUGAAGAAUGUUACCAAGUGGCUGUCCAAAACUUAUGAAGUCAGAGUUGUCAUAAAUGGGGACAGUAAUAACAUGAAAUGUGCUGAACAAGUGUAUGACAUGAUAGCAGAAAGUAUGAAGACAGAAGGUAGGAUUGUCCAGAAACGACAAAAAGGAGGCGACCUGCGUUUUCAGAUAUUGCCACUUAAAGAGGAAAAAAAGGAGUCUUCAGGAGUUGAAGUGUAAAACAGAUUGUUUCUAAAUGCAUUUUGAGUCGUGGCUCUCUGAUGCAGCAGGAGGAUGUAACAGUACAAACAUUACUUGUGUCUUCAGUGAGUGGGAUAAUGAAGUGAUAUUUUGCCUUGCUCCCAUUGAAAAGUAACUAGUUCAGAUCCCACUGGGUAUUAACAAUCCUACUGUUGUGAAAUUUGAGCUCUUCAUAUCAGUAAAGACUGAUAUUGUGAUCAUGUAGGUUAUGACAACUUGUAGUCUGGUAGGUGGAUACUAACGUUCCAGGAGAAUAUACCAUCUCCAUCUUCUGAUGGAAGAAGUCAAGACUUCUACCUUGAAGGUGGAGGCAGUUUGUUCCUCUGAAACAUUGAUAUCCACCUACCGCAUCACAAAUCAGAAAACCGCAAUAAGUAUGCUAUUGGCAUUUUUCUUUGUUUUCAUUAGUUCAGAAAAACUAGUAGUUUAGUAGUUAUGAAGAUUUGUCUUCUGGGAGGUGACACCGUCUAGUUUUGUAAAUGAGUACAGACAUUUCAGAGGAACGUGUUGUCUCCAGCAGGUAGAAGGCUACAGUGUGUCACAUCACAGAAUGUGGUAACCUUCAUGAAGGCUGCUGUCAGAACCUCAAAUCUCGACCUUCUUAAUUUGCCUUAAAGUAAUCUGCAAAACCGAACAACUUCUGUUUUCAACCUUGGGGAUCUGGCUCCGUGUUAUGGGUUGGUGUUUGCAGACAUUGCAGUCAGUCUUCAUGAAAUGUUUUAUCACAACCUGAAUUAAGAUGAAUGUGUCCUUGCCACCACCAUAUUCAACGUUCAUUGGUUGUAUGUGGAAAAGAUGUGCUCAAGAUGUAGAGAGUAGCUGGCCAAAAAGUCAGUUAACUGGUUAGUAAAAUGUACACUAAAAUACUGUAGCAUGUACAGCCAUUGCUAUGCAAUGACUGUGAGAUACGGGAAUCAAGAACGGCUGUUUCUAGGCAAUGGAUCGGAAAGCAUGUUCCCGCAGCAAUGAAUAUGCACGCAAGAAAAGAGUUACUGUUGGAAAUGGUGUUUUCUACUAGGCCUGUGCAAAGCAGUUAUAAGGAAGACAAUUUGUGUGACCCAGUCAGGUAAGAGUUGCAGUCUACAAGGGAGGCUGAGAAGAGAUGACACUACAGUUGUGAGAUAUUUGCCAGAGAGUAACGAUGUGAGCAGAAGCUAAACAAUAUCCAUUGUUGAGAGUUGUUACCAAGCAACAAUAGUGAAGUCAAUGUGGGUUGGAGAAGACUUAGCAUGUAGUGAUUUGUAAAGUGUGGACA